UAUAUAUAUAUAUAUAUAUAUAUAUAUAUAUAUAAAGGUCCUACAAAAAUUGUCCUUUUUUUGCAACCAUAUGAAAGUCCUAUCAAUAAAAUGUUGUUUGGUCUAUGCUCUGUAGUGAGAAGGUGAACCACAGAGUUAUCCAGCCAUGAUUUAUUGUUUAAAAUACGCUUGAGGUACCACAAAGUUGACUGGGUGUUCUUCUGACAGGUAUUCUUACUUUUCCAUCUACAUUUCUAAUGCACACUUUUUUUUUGUAGUCUCUGAGAAAUGAACGAAUGUAUUGAAUUGCUAAUCCCAUACUACCAUAGUACCCAAAGCUUAUUUAUAAGUGUUCUGUGGUUUUCCAUGUCAACAGUUUCAGUUAAAUCUAAAAAUACACCUGCUGUUUUCUGUUUUUCAUCAAUGGCUUUUAAAACAGUGGUUAUAUGUUCGUCGAUUACCAUCUUACUUGAUUUCUUACUUUGCAAACCAUACUGAGGACUCGCUAAUAAUCCAUAUUUGUUUAUAAACUGUACUAACUUAAUGUACAUUAUCUUUCUAAUACUUUUGAAAAACAGGCUGUUAAUGUAAUGGGGCGACAGUUUAUCACUUUAUGUUUGCCAGUAACUUUGAGAAUUGGAAUCACUUUGGAUGUUGUUAGCUGAUCAGGAAAGAUGCCUGACUGUAAUGAGGAGUUGCAUAAUAAGUGACGGGGUCAAUAAUAUUUGGCAGGAAGAACCGCAAGUUACUGCUGGGUAUGCCAUCAACUCCUGCUAGCUUGACUGUAUCUUCCCUGCUUACGUGAUCCACAAACACUGAUAAUUUACAGCUGUUGAUCUUGUUUUCUGUUGGCCACUCGAUAAUCACACAGUAUGUGUUACUAACUACCUGAGCACGAUGGAAUACUGACGAGUGCAAUUAGCAUAUUCAACAAAAUGGUGAAAUAUAUUAACAUAAGCUACUUUGACAUUAAAGUGUGUGGUUGAAUUGCUGGUAAGUAAGGCAGAAGACUUCAAUAUAUUCCAUACAAGGCAUGGCACUGCUUGUAAAUACACACACUUCCAUUCUGAGAUGUAUAAGUAAAUACAAUAUUGUAAAAUAUUCUGAAAAAAGUGGUCGUCAAUAUUGUGUGGUAUAUCCCCAUAUCCCACGUUAAUCAAAUAACAGACUAAAACCAAUAUAUAGGUACUAAGUACACAUUAUUGGUGUGUGUUAUGUCUUAUAAGAUUGACCCCGGUAUCUCCGUAAAUAAACGAUGGAGAAACCCAAAUAAAAUAACCACAGACUUUCUAGCUUUUGCAGAUCACAUGGCAUUAAUUACUGACUCACUAGAUAGUGCCAAAGAACAAAUCACAGAACUACAGACAGAAGCAGGCAAAAUAGGGCUAAAGUAUCAUAUGAAAAAACACACCUCAUGAAAAACAUCAAUGAUACCCUUCCACAUCUUAAUUCAUCACAACACAACAUCUAAAACAAACUUCUUUAAAUAUCAGUACCUAGGAGAACUGAUAACAAGCAGUACAAAAGGAACGAUACCAUGGAAAGCAGAGUAUCGUAUAUGAAAUAGUAAGGGCAUUCCAAAUGACAAAAAUAUAUAUAUAACUAUCAAUAGCUCUAUUUGAAAGUGAAAAUGCUAAUUGAUGUGGUGAGGAAAAGAAGAUUACAGUUUUAUGGGCACAUAUACCGAAUGGAUACUAAGAAACCAACGAAGCAGGUCUUCAACUUACUAACCGGCUACAAAUCCAAACCUACACUGUUCACUGAAAUUGACAAUGAUAUGAAAUACACUGGACUUAGAAUGAACGUAAUAGAUAACAGAAUACUUCUUAGGGAAGCAAUAAUAGAUAACAGAAUACUUCUUCGGGAAGCAACCCAAAAGGCAGAAUUUCAUGAGAAAAAAGACGAGGUCUGCAAUCAGAAGAAAGUGAACCCAGGAAGAAACGGAAUAACAAUCUGGAAGGAUGAAGGAAGUCUGGAAGUAACGAAAAUUAACACAAAGAAGCUGUCGACAUUGAUUUCCUCGAAGAAUCUGCUCGAAAGUCCCAAUUAGUAAAUUUAAUGAUGUCAUUCAACUUAAAUAUGAAAGUUAUAUGUCCUACAAGAUUAAACAGCUGUCUUGAUCAGGUUGCUACUAACACUGAUUGCACUGUAAAAAUUAUAAAUGUUGGUUUUUCAGAUCACAGUGCACUAACAAUAUAUUUUAAUCCACCAUUCAAUGUACUCCCAUCAGGAGAAACAGUUAUUAAAUGUAGAAGUUAUAGUGAUAGCAACAUAAACAACUUUGUACUUAGCUUAGAGAAAGAAGACUGGCAAAGUGUAUUUACUUCCUCAACAACAAAUGAAAAAUAUGACAAUUUUCUGCAGUAAUUUGAAUAUUACUUUAACUGCCAUUUCCCAGAGAAAACAAAGACUAUCACUAACAAAAAACAAGAAUGCUUGGGUCACAAAAGGCAUUAAACCUUUAUCAGAAAAGAUGAGGCUGCUGCACAGACUUAGCAAACUCGACAGUGGCAAAUCCAAAGAGUUCAAGGUAUACUA